AUGCACCGGACCAGCCCAGACCACCAAGCAGCAGCAGCAAAAAAUACAAACACACAAACUACUGCAGCAGCAACUAAGGUAUCUUCCCCUAACCUAGGCCCUCGAACCCCGCUGCUCAGCAGCAGCAGCAGCAGCAGCAACAGCAGCAGCAGCAGCAGCAGCAGCAGCAGCAGCAGCAGCAAGAACAGCAGCAACAGCAACACUCCUCGUAGUUUCAUGGCAUCUUCUUUACCGCUUCAUCCCCAGAGCAGCAGCAGCAGCAGCAGCAGCAGCAACAGCAGCAGCAGCAGCAACAGCAGCAGCAUAACGUACAAACACAGCAGCAGCAGCAGCAGCAUAAGCAACGACAACAGCAGCAGCAACAGCAGCAGCAGCAGCAGCAAGAGGCUAGAUGAGCAGCAGCAGCAGCAGCAGCAGCAGCAAGAAACAGAAAAAGAAAAAGAAAUAAAAAACAAUAAACACAUGCAGCAGGUCCUCGAGGGUUUUCUCUGUAUGGGCUUAGACCCCCAAAUUGCUGCUGCUGCUGCUGCUGCGCAGCAAGCAGCAACAGCCUGUAUCAGCAGCAGCAGCAGCAGCAACAGCAGCAGCAGCAGCAGCAACAGCAGCAGCAGCAACAGCAGCAGCUGCUGCUCUGGCUUUGGCUUUAAAAUGGAGAGCAUUCGGAUGCUCUCGCACCCGACUGAGCAGCAGCAGCAGCAGCAGCAGCAGCAACAGCAGCAGCAGCAGCAGCAGCAGCAGCAGCGGUUGCUGCGGCCUGCUUCCUUUGACUAUUCGCAGCAGCACCCGCUGCUGCUGCAGCAGCGGUUACUGCAGCAGCAGCAGCAGCAGCAGCAGCAGCAGCGAGGACAGAGCGAUGAUACAGUAGGGAGAGGCAUCAGCAGCAGAGAGACAUCUGGUGAUUUGCUGCGGUCCAGCAGCAGCAGCAGCAGCAGCAGCUGGUACCCUGAUGAAGAACUCAGCAGCAGCAGCAGCAGCAGCAGCAGCAGCAGCAGCAGCAGCAGCAGCAACGAUGAGACGCAGCAGCAAGUGAUUCAGAAGGCUGGAGAGGUCGUUGAUUGUUUGCUGCAGGAGUUUGUUGCUGCGGAGCUGCAGCAGCAGCAGCAGCAGCAGCAGCAGCAGCAGCAGCAGCAGCAGCAGCAGCUACGUCAGGGGGGUAGUACUACUACUACUACUACUCCUGCAGCAGCAACAGCAACAGCAGCAGCAGCAGCAGCAGCAGCAGCAGCAGCAGCAAAAGCAGAGGCUGUCCUUCGUGCUGCACUGAAUACUCUAUGGGAAUCUACAGCAGCAGAAGCAGCAGCAGCAGCAGCUCAGCAGCAGCAGCAGCACCAAAGCUUCCCCCUCCGUCCCCCCCCUCCACCCCAACCCCCGCAUCAGCAGCAGCAGCAGCAGCAGCAGCAGCAGCAGUUGCUGCUGCUGCAGCAACUCGGAUGCCCGCAGAUGCUAGCUCACCCUGAUGAGUUUAAGAAUCCAUCUUCUUUCCUUAAGGUGUAUGGUGACCCUCUCUGCAGCAGCAACAGCAGCAGCAGCAGCAGCAGCAGCAGCAGCAGCAGCAGCAGCAGCAGCAGCAGUGGUAGUUCUCCUAUAGCGAACAGAGCUGGCAACUGGGUUUGCUGCUGCUGCAGCAACAUAAACUACCCAAGAAGGUUUAAAUGCAAUAAAUGUAAAAAAGAAAGAAACACAGAAGCAGACAGAAUCGUUGCUGCUUACGCUCGUCAGGUGUAUAUACACCUCAACGACAGCAUACGCAUGCUUCAGCUGCAGCAGCAACUGCAGCAGCACCAGCAGCAGCACCAGCAGCAGCAACAGCAGCAGCAGAAAGUACAACUGCUGCAGCAGCAGCAGCAACUGCAGCAGCAGCACCAGCACCAGCACCAGAAAGUACAACUGCAGCAGCAGCAGCAGCAGAGGGAGCAGGUGCAGCAGCACCAGCAGCAGCACCAGCAGCAGCAGCAGCAGCAGCAGAAGAAAGUACAACUGCAGCAGCAGCAGCACCAGAGGGAGCAGGUGCAGCACCAGCAGCAGCAGCAACAAGUACACCUGCAGCAGCAGCAACAGCAGAGGGAGCAGGUGCAGCAGCAGAACGACAGCAUACGCAUGCUUCAGCUGCAGCAGCAACUGCAGCAGCACCAGCAGCAGCACCAGCAGCAACAGCAGCAGCAGAAAGUACAACUGCUGCAGCAGCAGCAGCAGAGGGAGCAGGUGCAGCAGCAGCAGCAGCAGCAGCAGCAGAAAGUACAACUGCAGCAGCAGCAGCAGCAACUGCAGCAGCAGCACCAGCACCAGCAGCAGAAAGUACAACUGCAGCAGCAGCAACAGCAGAGGGAGCAGGUGCAGCAGCAGCAGCAGCAGCACCAGCAGCAGCACCAGAAGAUACAACUGCAGCAGCAGCAGCAGCAGAGGGAGCAGGUGCAGCAGCAGCAGCAGCAGAAAGUACAACUGCAGCAGCAGCAACAGCAGAGGGAGCAGGUGCAGCAGCACCAGCAGCAGCAGCAGCAGCAGCAGAAAGUACAACUGCAGCAGCAGCAGCAGCAGAGGGAGCAGGUGCAGCAGCACCAGCAGCAGCAGCAGCAGCAGCAGAAAGUACACCUGCAGCAGCAGCAGCAGAGGGAGCAGGUGCAGCAGCAGCAGCAGCAGCACCAGCAGCAGCAGCACCAGCAGAAAGUACACCUGCAGCAGCAGCAGCAGCAGAGGGAGCAGGUGCAGCAGCAGCAGCAGCAGCAGCAGAGGGGACCGCCGCAGCAGGAGAAAGAAGUGCAGCAGCAGAAACAGCAAAUGCAACACAAACAUCAGCAACCACGCAUGCAGCAGCACCAGCAGCAGCAGCAGCAGCAGCAGCACAAGCAGCAGCAGCAGCAGACCCCACGGAUGCCCGCAGCAGCAGCAGCAGCAGAAAGUACACCUGCAGCAGCAGCAGCAGAGGGAGCAGGUAGAAAGAAGUGCAGCAGCAGAAACAGCAAAUGCAACACAAACAUCAGCAACCACGCAUGCAGCAGCAGCAGCAGAAGCAGCAGCAGCAGCAGCAGACGUCAACCCCACGGAUGCCUAAACAAAGAUUCUCCUCUCCCCCAAACUAGCCAGACCAUCCGAAGCGCCAGCAGCAGCAGCAGCAGCAACAGCAGCAGCAGCAACACCAGCAGCAAAUGCAGCAGCAGGAAGACAAGCGGGCGUUGCAACAGCAUGCUGCUUAGUUCAGCAGCAGCAGCAGCAGCAGCAGCAGCAGCAGCAGCACAAGCAGGAGCUGCCGGCGACGCAGCCACUGGCCUCUGCAGCAGCAGCAACAACAGCAGCAACAACAGCAGCAGCAGCAACAGCAGCAGCAGCAACAGCAGCACGUGCUUCUAUCUUGGGUUCCCCAAAGACCGCCUUGCGGCAGCACAACCGGUAGGCAGCAAACUCAAGCAGCAAGGCCAGCGCAUUCAGCUGCAGCAGCUGCUGCAGCAGCAGCAGCAGGAGAUGCGGCAGCAAAAGCAGCAGGAGAAGAAGCAGCAGCAAGUGCAGCAGCAGCCGCAGCAGCAGCAGCAGCAGCAGCAGCAGCAGAAGCAAACAAAGAUUCUCCUCUCCCCCAAACUAGCCAGACCAUCCGAAGCGCCAGCAGCAGCAGCAGCAGCAGCAACAGCAGCAGCAGCAGCAGCAGCAACAGGGAAGACAAGCGGGCGUUGCAACAGCAUGCUGCUUAGUUCAGCAGCAGCAGCAGCAGCAGCAGCAGCAACAGCAGCACAAGCAGGAGCUGCCGGCGACGCAGCCACUGGCCUCUGCAGCAGCAGCAGCAGCAGCAACAACAACAGCAGCAGCAGCAACAGCAGCAGCAGCAACAGCAGCACGUGCUUCUAUCUUGGGCUCCCCAAAGACCGCCUUGCGGCAGCACAACCGGUAGGCAGCAGCAGCAGCAGCAGCAGCAGCUGCAGCAGCAGCAGCAGCAGCAGCAGCAGCAACAGCAGCAGCAGCAGCAACAGCAGCAGCAGCAGCGGCAGCAACAGCAGCAGCAGCAGAGACAGCAGUAGUAAGCAGCAGCAGUAG